AUGCUGGCAAACGCGAGUACUGGUCGCAGUAAUUAUACGGUCUGCCUGAGCCAACUGAAAUAUCCAACUGGAGGGCAGUAUGCCUACAACCGCCUGUUCUGCUUUGGGUGCAUCGAAAGUUGGAUGAAACCGCGAUCCGAAUGCCCGUUCUGCCAGGGAGCCACCAAUCAUAUCGUCAAAGUGGACCGAAGCGGAUUAGAGGCAAAGGAAGCGCACUGCCCAAGAGCUGGAGGCCGAGGUUUUAAUUUCAGUUUGUUUUGGUGGCGAAUCAUGAGCCUCAGCCGCGUUUGCUGCUUUUUUGCUGUGGCUCGAGAGGCCGCAUUUAUCGCACACUUCAAAGGAGUGGAAGGACAGAAGAAUCUACGAGAAGAAAGGGCGGAAUGUAAACGUAUGGAAACAAUGGUACGUUAUACUGCCCUGGCGAUGCACAGCGGCAGCAAUGGUACGUUUCUGGGCCGAAUGCCGAAGAAAAAAGACGCUUCUUGUUCGAUAGCUUUACUCUAG